AUGGACAGAUAUCAGAAGGUGCAGAAGCCAAAGCCCGAAUCUCCAGUAAAUCAGAAUGAAAUCCGCAUUACUUCGCAGGGCUUGGUUCGUAACUACAUCAGUUACGCCACCAGCCUUCUUCAGGAACGAAGAGUAAGAGAGAUUGUCUUAAAAGCAAUGGGUCAGGCUAUAAGCAAGACUGUUGCUGUUGCAGAAAUCGUAAAGAGAAGGGUUCCUCGGCUUCAUCAGGACACUGCUAUCAGUUCAGUGAGCAUAACAGAUACCUUUGAACCCAUUGAGGAAGGCCUUCAGACUGUGGAGCAGACCCGCCAUGUCUCAAUGAUUUCGAUCACCCUGUCUACGAAAGAGCUUAACAUGAAUUCUCCUGGAUACCAAGCCCCAUCAAACACAGAUCAAAGUAGACAGCAGUAUGAUUAUCCACCUCAACAACGCCAGCCUCCUAGACAAGCACAUGGUGGUUACAACUAUGGUAAUGGAGAUACAUAUGGAUGGGGAAGAGGGCGUGGUAGAGGGAGGGGCAGAGGCUGGAACAGAGGCGGAUAUUCUAACUACCAAGAAAAUGGUGGAUAUCAAGGUGGGUAUUCUGGUGGAAAUGGUGGGUAUCAGGGUGGCUACUCGGGUGGAAACGGGGGGUACCACGGUGGCUACUUGGGUGGAAACGGGGGUUAUCAGGGUGGCUACCCGGGUGGAAACAGAGGGUAUCAGGGUGGCUACUCUGGUGGAUAUUCUAACUGGGGGAGAGGUGGCGGGCGUGGGGGUUGGGGCUAUCGCGGUGAUGGAUACGGAAGGGGCCGAGGUGGCGGCGGCAGAGGCUUUGCACGGGGCCGUGGAAGGAUUGGAGGCCGUGGUGGGCCGAGGGGUGGCGGCAAUCAAGCAUAG